CUUGCCCUAUUUUAAUGCUUAGAACGGAUCGGUGCAGACUCUAAUGUUCAGAGGGCUCGUGAAGGUGCUGGGGUUUAGUAUAAUUCAACCUUUCAUAUUUGGGUUGAUAGGACACUACCUGAGAGCCACAUCAGUUUCGAAGCAUGCAAGGGAAGAGAAAAUGAUGAACAUUGGUCAUGAAGUGGCUCUGGGCGAUACGUUAGAAUAGAGUUCACUUUUGAAAUCGUAGGUUUGGACAUGCACUUUCAUAUGUACCUUAUUUUUAUUAGGACCAUACUUGAGCGGGAUAAACUGUUGGAGUUUGCUAAACUGGGAAGUUACCUGGAAUAUGACCUAUUCGGCGUGGAAUUGCUGAAUUAUGCGUUUUGCCCUGUUGUGGACAUGCCUUGUGACAUUGAAAGGAUCAAUUGGAUCCGUUUCUUGACUGAUGAAGGUUAUGGAGAUAACUUGCUCAUGGCCCAUGAUAUUCACACCAAGAACAGGUUAACUAAGUACGGAGGGCACGGCUUCUCUCACAUUCUCACCAACAUUGUCCCGAAAAUGAAGCAGAGAGGCAUCCCUCAGUCUGCCAUCGACAAGAUUCUGGUGGAAAACCCCAAACGUUGGCUAACGUUCAAAUAAUUAAAUGAACGCUGUCCGAAUCUUUAGAAAUAAUUCACAGUUGAUUUUAAAGAACGUGUUUUCUGAUAGACUGAAUUAUAAUUGAUUUAAGCCUUCUUCAUAAAAUCGUAAUGCUCAGCAUAAAGGAGAAGUAAUGAAAUAUUCUUAAACCGUGUUGAAUCGGGGCAAAGACUUGUGUUGAGAGCUUUGUGGUGAUCUGUUGCUGUAUAGUUUUGGGUGAGGAAACGUCGAGCAAAGUUAAUGGGGUGGAUCAUACAAUUUAGUGUAAUAGGAAGGAGAUUAAAGCGAUUAAACAGCCCAGUGGGGGCUAAUUUUAACUCGGGCGAUAGUUUCUUGAUUUGUUGCUUGCCUUCAUCAAUGUGGACAAUUAGUGCUAUGCAGAAGGCUGGCGUCAAUCAUGUAUGCAGCCUAAAUGUAUGCAAUAUUCCUGCGAUAAACUACAUGCCAAUACGGCAAUAAUGGCGGUCCUUAAAAGUUAUUUGUUUGCUGAAGACCAGCGUGAAUUGUCCCGAGAUCCCGGUAAAGUGACGAGACAAUUCAAAUGUUAAUCAACGAAUCUUCUCGCUUCUUUCUUAUCAAUAACUUUCAGAUUUGAAUAAGAACACCAUGUUAUUAACAGCGUGAAGGGCAAUCGAAUCCGAAUAAACAAUUCAUUUGUAAUCAAAAAA